GUUUUGACAGUUUGCGUUGAGUUUUUCAACUGACUAGAAUAUAGAAGCUAGAACUUAGCUACAACUAGACUAGAAACUACCGGAAUUUGGUUAUUUUACAUAAAAGAUGUGCUCUACUGAGAAGAAACCCCUUUUCCGUGAUCUUACUGCUGAAGACCCUGAGCCCGAGGUGACUGAAAUAGAGUCACUAUGCGUUAAUUGCCUCGGAAAUGGUAUGACAAGACUGCUACUUACUCGCAUUCCACAUUACAAGAAUGUAGUUUUAAUGUCCUUCUCCUGCGAAGAAUGUGGUUAUGAAAACAAUGAAAUUCAGCCAGGUGGCGCUAUUGCUGAAUUUGGUAUUAGAUGGAAGCUGCGAGUUGAAGAACCAUCUGAUCUUAAUCGUCAAGUGGUGAAGAGUGACUAUACAAGAGUACAUAUUCCAGAGUUAGAGUUUGAGAUACCAGCUAACAGUCAAAAAGGAGAAGUAACAACAGUAGAAGGCUUAUUAGCUAGAGCAAUCGCUGGUCUUACCCAAGAUCAAGAAAUCAGGAGGACAGAGCAUCCAGAUGCUGCUGAGCAGAUAGAUGGAUUUGUAGCUAAGCUGCAGGCACUUAAAGUGCUGAAAACACCAUGGACCUUGGAACUGGAGGAUACUAGUGGUAAUACCUUUAUUGAAAACCCUGAUGCGCCAAAAAAAGAUCCCCGCUGUGAUGCAACGGAAUUUAAACGUACUACAGAGCAGGAUCACAAACUUGGAAUAUUCACUAGGCAGGAGGUAAGCAAUGGAUCCCAAGAGCCCAUUCCCGGAUCAAUAACUCCAGCAGAUCCUUCCCAGGGUUGCUACGAUAGACUUGCAGCAGAUGAAGUACUCCAGUUCUCAACAAAUUGUCCUGAUUGUAAUGCUCCAGCUGAUACCAAUAUGAAGAUUACCAAAAUACCACAUUUCAAGGAAGUAGUGAUUAUGGCAACGGUCUGUGACGCCUGCGGACAUCGUACAAAUGAGGUGAAAUCUGGAGGUGGUAUCGAAGAGAAAGGUGUGAGAUUUGAAGUGCGUAUAGCCGGCAAAGAAGACUUUUCCAGAGAUAUUUUAAAGUCAGAAACAUGCAGCAUGAGCAUACCAGAGCUAGAAGUAGAAGUGGGGGGCAGAGCACUAGGGGGAAGGUUCACCACUGCGGAAGGCGUCAUCCGAGGGUGUAUUGAACAAUUGGCCGAUGCACCUUCAUUGCAUGGAGACGCGCCUGCGCCUUCUAAGGGCAAUUUACAGAAGUUCUUAGAAAAACUAGAAGAGGUGUUAGAGGGUAAACGUCAAAUUACUUUGAUACUGGACGAUCCGGCUGGUAACUCUUAUGUUCAGAACCUAAGCGAUGAUCUAACUGUAUAUGACGAUGGUGUAAAGGUCACACACUACGAGCGAUCAUUUGAGCAAAAUGAAGAGCUUGGUCUCAACGAUAUGAAGACUGAAGGUUACGAACAAGACGCGUAGAAGAAUAUAUACUGGGAUGUUUACGUUUACCUGAUACAGCGCAGAAACUAUAUAACAUAAGCUUUUAUUUUUUUAUAUUUUCAUUUUUUUCUGAUAUCUAAAUGAUAAUGCUUAUUUUGAUAGUAUUGUAUAUGCAUAAGUAAAUAAAAUAUGAUUAUUCCAGUUAAGCUAAUAUAAGCAUUAAGAAAAAAUGCAUUUGCAUAGCUUUAAUGUAUAGUCGAAGCCUUGAAAUAUUUAUUAUAUUUAUACAUGGUUACAAUAAAUAAAGUUUUUGAUUUGAUUUUA